CAUACUAGGCCCACCCACUCGCGGGAAAUGUUGCCGGGCCACCGCCGUGGCACUUGCAGCAGAUCUCCUCGCCGGCCACAGUCGCGGGAGAUGUGUCCGGGAGUCCCUUAUGCGGACCGAUCAUCCUUGCAAAGUAGGCGUCGAAAAGGACUGGGAGCUAAAUGUUGUGACCUUGGAGCAGACCGCGGAGCUCUACCCUCAGCAGGACUGCACAGUGCUGGGUGCAGGGAGCCGCACCUCGUGCUGCCGCAUGAAUGUGCGUUCUCGGAUGUACAUAGGCUCUUUCAGGCUUGCAGUUGACACUGUACCGGCGGCGUACCUGCACCCUCUUGUGGUCCCACUCACCAGAUUCGAGGAGUGCCUCUGUGAGAGGCACGGGGAAGCUAGAGUCGACCGAGUGCCCCAGCAACUACGACCCCGCAGGUCGAGUGCCCUAGCAACUAAUGGGUUGGCCCCGCGAGGCUCGAAAGGCAAGCUGGGCUUGUGUGGUGAAAUGACAACAGUCUGUGGCUACGACCUUGUCUCCUAA